AUGUCGUUCGUUGCCUCCCAGGAACAAGUCCGCGCCUUUGAAGAAUUUUCUUCCAGUCCAUCUUUCUCCCAAGAAGCCAUCGUUGUCGACUUCACCACCACCCCUGAAUAUGUCCGCAGCGUCCUGCCACCCGGUCUGGAGCCCGGCGACACCCCUACCGGACAUAUACUCAUGGCUACUAUGGAGAGCAAGUUGUGCGGAGAGUUUGACUGCGCUAUUGUGAGCCUCGACGUCAAAUUCCGUGGCAAGGCCGGCACCUUUAUGCUCGAGAUCAUCAUCAGCAACGACCUUCCCGUCACCUGGGGUCGCGAAGUCUGGGGCGAGGCCAAGAAGACUGGCACUUGUCGACUCUGGCGAUCUGGAGACUGGCGUUAUGCCUAUGCUGAGCGCAAUGGCGUUCGCCUUAUAGAGAUCCAAGCCAAGUUCGGCCAAGAUCUCGCGUCGGGCAUUCGCGACUCGGUCAACUUUGAGAUCAAAGCAUAUCCCCACGCUCAAGGCAGGGGCCUCCAAUGGGAGCCUCUUGUCAGCACCCUCCAAGUUCGCGAACACGAUGUCCACCACUCUGUUGGCGAUGGCCGUCUGGUCAUUCGAGGUACCACUGCCGACCCCCUGCACAGCAUUCCAAUCGAAUCGGUCGGCCAUUUCAAGUACACCACUGGUCGGGCGGAUUACACUGUCGUGUCUGUCGACGAACUUGGCGUUGGUCAGGCCUAUCUACCACAUCUGAUAGGUCGUCACUACGAAGAUGUUCGAGUUCACAAGGUGGGAGCUGAAUGGACUGGGCUCAGGGACGAGGAGGUAGAGGCAGAAACUUGA